GAUGACACAACAAAAAAGCCACCAACUGCACUUUAGCCAGCCGGGAAGGAUCCAGGGGCAAAACCGGGAAAUCCUCCAAGCUGAGGUAGGCAGGAGGAACUUUCCUCUCUCUCUCUGUCUCUCUCUCUCUCUCUCUUCUUCCACCGCGCGGCCGCGUUCGCUGCCUGCGCCACCACACCAUUGGCGACGGCACGCGCCCUCCCUCCCUUCCAGGGAAGCCUCCUCGCUCGCUUCGGGGGCGUCUCCGCGGCCAUAUCUUCCUCUUUCUGCUCGGCUUCCUCGUCACCGCCCCCCUCCUCGCCGUCCACUGGUGCCGAGCCGGCGCGGGUGGAGAUCCGUUCGCUUUGGAUCGACUUCUUCGUGUUUGGGUUGAAGCCGCUCGAUUUGCUCACCAGAAAUUCAGAUUUUCGAGUGGAAUUCGCUUAAUAUAGCAAUGCACUAGGGUUUACUGUGCACCACUAGGCUACUGCCUCUGCUAUUAGGAAGCCGACAUCUGUUGUUUCCGAAGUCUUUCAAGUCUCUGUUGGGUGGCGUUGCUAUUGUGGGUGUGAUAACAUGAUAAAGCAAUUUCUUGGACGUCUCCCCAAGAAGCCAUCCAAAUCUGGAGAUAAGGAUCCUAUUGGCCGGCCCAGCCCCUCGGUGUCGCACCAGCCAUUGGGUCCGAGAGCUGGAGACAGGGCCACCAACUUGAGUAGCCAUCCACCGGUUAUCUCCAGCUCUGGGCUCAGUUAUGGGAGUGGCAUGCAUGUCGGCAAUGCAUACACGAAGGCACACGUGAACGGUGAUUCGGCCGCUUCAGCAUUUCGGUCGUUGCCGAGCUUCAAGGACGUGCCCAACACAGAGAAACAGAACUUGUUUAAUGAGAAGUUGAACUUGUGCUGCGCCCAAUUUGACUUCACCGAUCCAACAAAGAACAUAAAGGAGAAGGAGAUAAAGAGGCAAACUUUGGUGGAGCUCGUUGACUAUAUUGCCUCGGCCAGUGGGAAAUUUUCUGAGGCAAGCAUGCAAGAGAUCACAAAAAUGGUUUCUGCAAACCUGUUCAGGACGCUGAGUACUCCUCCUAGAGACAACAAAGUGGAUGGCUUUGAUGUGGAUGAGGAGGAGCCUGUCAUGGACCCUGCAUGGCCACACUUGCAGAUUGUCUAUGAGUUGUUCUUGAGAUUCAUUCAGUCUCAAGAGACAGACGCCAAGUUGGCUAAACGGUACAUUGAUCAUUCGUUUGUUCUGAGGCUACUUGACCUCUUUGAUUCAGAAGACCCUAGGGAGAGAGAGUACCUCAAGAUGAUACUUCACCGUGUCUAUGGAAAGUUCAUGGUUCAUCGGCCCUAUAUUCGGAAAGCCAUUAACAACAUUUUCUAUCAGUUCAUCUAUGAAACUGAAAAACACAAUGGAAUCGCAGAGUUAUUGGAGAUUUUGGGAAGUAUCAUCAAUGGGUUUGCAUUGCCACUUAAGGAAGAGCAUAAAUUGUUCCUUGUUCGAGCUUUAAUUCCACUUCACAAGCCAAAGUGCAUCGCGAUGUAUCAUCAGCAAUUAUCUUACUGUAUCACCCAGUUUGUCGAAAAAGAUUGCAAACUUGCAGAUACAGUUAUCAGAGGCCUGCUAAAAUAUUGGCCAAUCACUAAUAGCUCCAAGGAGGUGCUGUUUCUGGGGGAGUUGGAAGAGAUAUUGGAAGCUACGCAACCUGCAGAGUUUCAGAAAUGCAUGGUCCCUCUCUUCCGCCAGAUCGCACGUUGCCUGAAUAGCUCACACUUUCAGGUUGCUGAGCGGGCGCUAUUUUUGUGGAAUAACGACCACAUCGAGAGUCUGAUCAAACAAAACAGCAGGGUUAUAUUGCCUAUCAUCUUUCCUGCACUGGAGAGAAAUGCCAGUGGGCACUGGAACCAAGCUGUGCAAAGCCUCACUCUAAACGUCCGAAAACUGUUCUCUGACAAUGACCCUGGACUAUUCACGGAGAGUCUGCGGAAAUACGAGGAAGAGAAAGCGAGAGAGAAGGAGGUUAAGUCGAAGCAAGAGGCCACAUGGAGACGCCUUGAAGAGAUGGCAUCAGCGAAAGCGACAAGCGGCGCGGCAGUUCUCGUCUCUCGACCCUUAUCCCGGCAGUCUUCGGCUGUGUAGCGAAUUUUCAUGUGGUCGUGAGAACAUUGUACAGGAUUGAGUUGUAUAUACGAGGUAUAUUAAGGUGGGCAAAUUGACAAAUGAUAUCGUCGGAGAAGCCAGCCAGAUGGGUUACAGGGCUAGGCACACAUCAUUUUCUUGGUCCCGAAUCUGGGCUUCUGCUAAGAUCUACAGCUGGUCGCGGUAUCAUCAUUAUGUUUAUCCUUGUCAGGAGUUGGCUAUGAUUCAAUUGUUUUCACCUGCUGGUCCUGCAGUCUUGCCAUGCAUGGGUAUCUGUUUCUGGAGACAAAAAAUCGGUGGAAGUCGAUAGAACUUAGAGCCUGGAAACGAGUCGUGCUGUUGUUCUUGGAGUCUGGAAUUGUUGCGUUUCUUUCUAGUACAAUUCAUGUGUUGUCAUCAUUAGAAGUUAAAUCCUUUGUGCUCAUCAUCAUCAUACGUAUGUGGAUCCAAUUAUAAAUGCCUGAUAAAUGGUUAAGGGUUCACGAUGAAGAUGACAUGGAUUCGUCA